GAGGUUAGUUAAAACCAUCACAUUUCAUGAUUCUUCCUUUUUCCUUCUCUUCUUCGUUAUUAUCGAACCAUCAAUAAACAAAUAUUAACACUCCACUUUUUCUCUUCAUUUUUACUAUAAACCUACAUUUUCUUUAUUUAUAUAAAGGAAAACAAAAUUUCUUGCUUAGCCUUCUUUGGUUUUUCCUCAGAUUUCUCUCCCAUUUCUUGAAUUUCAUCGCCUUCUUCUUCUUCUUCUUUUUAUAUCUUUCUUUCCUUCUUGUUUAUAUAUAGAGAGCUGAAACCAGUUCUGGGUUUGCUUUAAACCACAAUAAAAAUGGCUUCUUCACUCUCUUUUCCAUGCCCCAAGAUCUCUUCUUUUUUGAAAACAAACCAGCAAACCCAAUCUCACAAGGGUUCUUUGUCUCUUCCUCCAACUUCAAAUUUCAACUCCAAAUCUUGCUUGUCAUUUGGAUCUUCAAUCCGCGUACCUGCAUUUUCAGCAUCUCAGUGGCCUAAUGAUGGGAAGCAAACUACAGUCUUCGCAAGCCAUACGCAGCUUAACGAGGUUGCUGCAGAGAAAUCAUCAAAUUCUGUAGCGGUUGUUGACAUGAAACCUAAAGUUGCAUUGCCUGAGGAAGAUGAUAAAAGAUCCGCAGAGAAGGCUAUUCCAGAUGCUGCGGCAAUUUCAGAAUUCAUGGCACAAGUUUCAGACCUUGUAAAACUUGUUGAUUCACGAGAUAUUACGGAGCUGCAACUGAAGCAAUCAGAUUGUGAGCUUGUCAUAAGAAAGAAGGAAGCUUUGCAGCAGCCGGAAUCAGCAUCUCCAAUUGUCAUGCCGCAGUACGUACCUCAACCGACGUUUCAAACCCCAGCUCCAGCAGCCCCAGUAGCAGCUCCUGCUCCUGCUAACCCAGCCCCUCCAGCAGCAGCACCUUCGUUACCUCCCCCUGCUAAAGCGGUUGGUUCUUCUCAUCCGCCCCUCAAAUGCCCCAUGGCUGGAACCUUCUACAGGAGCCCUGCACCGGGUGAACCACCAUUUGUUAAGGUGGGAGAUAAAGUACAGAAAGGCCAAGUUGUGUGCAUCAUCGAGGCAAUGAAACUAAUGAACGAAAUUGAAGCUGAUCAAUCCGGAACCGUUACGGAGAUAUUGGUAGAGGAUGGAAAAUCAGUUAGUGUAGACAUGCCUCUAUUUGUAAUAGUGGGGUGAAUAAAGGAGGAGAGGGGGUUCCGAGGUCACAAACUAUGUUUUCAUUUACUACUCUGUAAUGUUGACAUAAAUAAUAAAGGUGGUGUACCGUGCUCUGUGCUAUGCUCUGCAACACUUCUCUUUGGGGUUUCUGUCUUACAUUUUGGACGUGUACCCUUAUAUUUAUUCCAUUGCAUUUUCCUCUUUUAUAGAAAUAUAAUAUCACUAUCUCCAAUGAAUUUCUCAA